GGCCAAACCGAACCCGGCUCAACGGCAUCGACACCACCUCCUGGCGACUCAGAAAUCGUUGCGGAGGUGAGCCAGCCCACAGUCCAUGGAGAAAUGCGUUACGACUUUGACCUCGGAUACCUCCUGGAGAACAUGCCUUGGUUUCUCCAGCUUCCGCUGCUCGAGGAGAUGAAUGUCUGGAUCAACGCGCGCAGCCUCGCUACCCUGAUUCCUCGGACGAACAAUACUGGCCUAGGGGAGGGCCGCAACGGCUACUGCUCCAGGCACAAGGGAUACAUUGGCAAGUCGCAGGUCUUCCACGAAAUGGCCGAAUUUCGCGACGGCGUUGCCGACCUACUUGAUGGGGGCCCGCACCUCGCAUUCCGAUUCCAUAUGACGCAGAAAGCCCUACUACGCACGCACGACAGGGUAACGAGGGAUCACCCGUCCUUGCGUGCUCGCCAUCACGAAGAUUUUGAAAAGAGACCGACAUUCAAGGCGUGCAUUGAUGGACUCAAGGACUACUACGCCGUCUUUGUUAUUCCCUGGCAUAUCACGGACCUGAAGCUGGUUCAUGGUAGUCUGUAG